AUUGCCAGUGAAAUUAGAAUCAGAAACUCAAUCACCUCAAUUGCAAUCACAACAAGAACAAGAAAUGACAGAAAAAGACAUUGAAUCGGGAGAAGUUGAAAUCAUUGCACCAAAAGUAACCAAAUCUUCAAAUCCAGCAAUUGAACAAGCGUGUGAUUCAUGCAGAAAACGGAAAUUAAAAUGUUCCAAGGAUUUCCCUCGAUGUACGAAAUGUACUCAACACAAUUGGAAUUGUUCGUACAGUCCAAGAACAGUGAGAUCUCCUUUGACCAGAGCUCAUUUAACUGAGGUAGAAAACAAAGUUAAAAAGCUAGAAGAUAUUAUUUAUUAUUUAUUACCUUCCACUACAUAUUAUGAUAUUGAUGAAUUAAUGGAAACAUAUGAACUGGUUUUAGCUCCAUUGAAACAAAAAAUUGAAGAAUCCAAUGCUAUGGGAUUAAUAGGACGUCCAACAACAGCUUCUCCCUUGCCUACUCCAGUUAACUUAUCCCCUAGAAUGAAAUCAGUCAUACCAAUGGCAGUUCAAUCUGAAAUUCAGACUCCAGCAUUCAAUCCAAAUGACGAUAUCGACUUUAAUAGCUACCCAUUACGCCAAUCCAAGUCAAAUCCAAUUCCUAGUUCCACAGCAACAUCCAAAUACAAUUCCAAAAUCGACAAUUCCAAAAUAAAACAAGAAAUCAUCGAUGAUUUUAUACUAAAUAAUAUUCCUACAUCCAAUUUCAGCUUUCCACAAAACCAACAACUUCGGCAAGUACAAACACCGCAACAAAUAGCUUCAAUGCCAGUAAAAUCUGAAUUCAAGUUUGUUGCACCAGCAGUUUUCAAUCAUUAUGAAUCUACUGAAAAUUCAUCACUAACUUCACCUUCAUCAAUCUUGUCGAUUAAUUCAGGAGAUUUUGGUGGUGAUGAUACUGGAAUUGAAGAUGCGGAAGAAUUCUUGUUGGAACAACCAAGUACCAAGAAAUAUAAGCCAGACCUUUUACAGAGACAACCAAUUUUAAUGCCUCAGUACCUGCAAUACCAACUCCAACAACAGCAACAACAACAACAAUUACCCCAACAAAUUCUUACUCAGGCCCACCAAAUACAACAAAGUCAGUUGCAACAACUGCCGCAACUGCAAUUGCAACAAUCUUCUGCUCCUCAAGAACUUGGUUUAUUUCCUGGUGAUGUAACCACUAGUUUUGAUUUGAUUUUUAAUGAUGUCAUGGAUGAUACUUCCCUUAUUAAUGUUUAAAAUAUUUAAUGUUCCUUUGCUAAAAUAAUUUGGCAAUUUUUAUAUAUGUUUGUAUUUUUUUUGUUACUUUGUUUUCAUAUGUUUAGCUAUAUCACUUUAUACAUAGUAUUUGAAGUAAAAAGAUGUUAACGGUGU